AUGAACGUAGAUACAUUGAAAGCUUUGAAUCUGCGAUUGUCGACUCUAGAGUUGGCCUUGGGCAAAGGUUCGAUUGAACUGAAGUCUGUUUCAAUUGAGAAAUUGGUUGGUUUGCAGAAACAGGUAGAUUUGAUUUACAAAACUAAUACUGAAUAUGAAGUGCUUAGUCAGUUCACGAAGGACCUAAACUUGUGGAGACAUGAUUCUUCUAUUAAAGAUAGCGAAGAGACAAAAGAGUCAAAUGAAAUUGCUCAAGAUAUCAAGGAAGAAUUACUCUUACUAAAAUAUCCAGUGAUAAGAGAAGCAUAUUCUAACUUAUUAGAAUUGUCGAAUAUGGACAUUCCCAAGUUGGUAAACUUCAUAGGGUCUGCGCAAGAUAGAACUCACAAUUAUAGUAAGGACGUAGAAAAAAUUCAGGCUCGAGAAGCUAACUUGAAGGAAUUGACUGGUAUAUUCCAUCAGUUGACUCUCAAGAAUAUGAUAGUACUAGAACGAUUUGUGGAUUUCGUGAUACGACAGAACGACUUUUGGUUAGACUGCGACAAUUCAUUGAAAUAUAUUAAGAGAAAGGUGAACAAAGAGGUAGCACGCAAAGAAGCAGAAAGCAAAUAUUAAUGUCAUUGAGGGUCUACAUAUGACGGACUAAACUUUUCAUAUUCAUAACAUAUAUAAAGUCAACAGUUAAAAGAUCAUAAUCGAAGGUUAUUAAGAAGCUAAGGAAAAACGAAAGUCCACCAUCACAAGAGGUACACUGAGAAAAACAGACAAAAAGAAAAGUAAUAUCGAAGAUUCACCUAAGCCAAAAGGUAGAAUACAGACAAAACAAGAACAAAACAAUUGUAGCUGGUGACAGCUGCGACACCUUCAACCACUGGUGGAGGAACUACGGAGAUACCGGCAACAGUCUCUUGAGUUUGGAUUGUAAGUGUGAUAUCGGUUUCUUGAUUUUCAGCAGGUGCCGUAACAUCUGGUUCCAGAGCUCCUGGUGCUUCAGUAGUACCUGGUGCUUCAGGAACCAGAGGAGCUACAGUAGCUUCCGGAGCUGCUGGGACUUCUGGAGCUGCUGGUGCUUCUGGAGCUACUGGUGCUUCUGGAGCUACUGGUGCUUCUGGAGCUGCUGGUGCUUCUGGAGCUGCUGGUGCUUCUGGAGCUGCUGGUGCUUCAGGAACCAGAGGAGCUACAGUAGCUUCCGGAGCUGCU